AUGCCCCCCUUCACGCCAACCUCCACAGCGACAAGCAUUUUAGCCUUGUCGCUAGUUGCGCUGGAUAGCAUACCCGCCAUCAAAAGCAUCAUAGCCCGCAUCGCGCGCAAAAGUCACAACUACGAACCUAUUCUCCUAGCCAAAGAGGAAUAUGGCGACGAAGACGGCGAGGCGACCACAGAAUCCCUCCAAGCCUUCUCGGAUAAAUGGCAGAGGAUUGCCAUCGCGGUAUUUUCCGCCACCGGAUUCCUGAUCACGUUAGCGUUGGCUUUUCUGACCACGUUGAUGGGUAAUGUUGGGGAGUAUAUCUUGUUGGAAUGGUUACAGUUCGGCAUAUGGGCUUUCCUGGCUAUCCAAUCCAUCGGCUUCUUCACUGAACCCCGACCGACAACCCGCUGGACCCUAGGCCUGUUCGCCUUUGGCGGAAGUAUCAUCGCAAUCGCCGCUCCAUGCCUCGAACUAGCUGUCAACGUCUACAGCCACCAGGCAAUCCCCCAAGACAGGAUCUGGCUCGCCCUGCAACUCAGUCAGAUUGUCUGCGCAUCACUGCGCGCAUUGUUCUGCGUGCUGCUACCCCGUCGCCCGGACGUGCACCACGAAGACAAAGUAGUCGAUCAGGAAUUCACAGUAUCCGUCCUGAACCGGUUCUCGUUCAGCUGGGCUGCUGGACUCCUAGAUGAGGCAGCAAAGAAAAGUACGCUCAGCCUCGACGAUAUCCCCAAACUGCCUGCGUCAAAGCGCGCCGGGGCCCUGAGAAAGAAUUUUGAGAAAGCGAGGAAAGAUAAAAAGAUUUGGAAGGGGAUUAUCUUUGCGCAUGCAGGUGCAUUGACGGUUCAGAUGGUUCUGACUCUCAUUAGUUGCUUCUUGAGCUUUGGGCCGCAGGUUGCGCUGUUUCAGGUUCUGAAGACGCUGGAGUUGCGCAAUACUCCGUUUUGGAAUGCGGGUGCAUCGUACCUGUGGGUUCUUGCGCUGGGCGCGUUGAUGUUUGUCUCGUCUACGGUUGAGGCGUGGUUGUUCUGGGUGAUUUACUCGAGACUGGGUGUGCCGAUUUAUGCGGAGUUGUCGGCUGUUAUCUUUGCCAAGGCUAUGAGGAGGAAGGAUGCGAAGCAUACGAAGAAAUCGGCCAAGGAUGGCGCUGAGACAACUACUGCGGAGGCUGAGGCUGAGGCUGAGGAGGAUGCGGAAGAGGCGCUGAAGAAAAGCCGACAGAGUAUUAUCAACCUUGCUGCGGUGGAUGCGCGUCGCAUCUCCGAUUUUGCUGCUUUCAACUAUGUCAUUCCGCUUGCCAUUGUCAAGAUUCUUAUCGGUUGUGGAUUCCUUGUUCAGAUUCUGGGCUGGCGGAGCGCUUUCGCUGGUCUUGCUGUGUCUGCUCUUGUUACGCCGUUGAACAUCUACGCUGCUAGGAAAUACUCAAAAGCCCAAGAUCGUUUGAUGAAGUUCCGUGAUCAAAAGCUCGCUAUUGUCACAGAGGUGCUACAGGGCAUUCGGCAGAUCAAGUUUUCUGCACUGGAGGAACAAUGGCAGACACGUGUGCAGGAGACUCGAGAAACAGAGCUGGGCGCAUUAUGGGCUGCAUUCUUAGCCGAUAUUGCCCUGAUUUCCAUCUGGAUUCUUGGUCCUGUUGGGUUGUCUGCUGUCUCUCUGGCUACAUAUGCCACGAUCCAUGGCGGCUUGACUGCUUCCGUGGCUUUCACAGCCAUGUCUGUGUUCGGUUCACUGGAAAUGUCCUUGGCCAUUUUGCCUGAGCUUACCUCUGUUGGUCUCGAGGCCAAGGUUAGUGCCGAUCGAAUUGACAAGUUUUUAGCUACCUCAGAGAAGGUUGUUAACACGGUUCCUGCCGAGUAUAUCGCCUUCGAAAAUGCCUCUGUCGCAUGGCCUGCCGAGGCAAAUGCUCAAGAUGACGAGGACAGAUUCGUCCUGCGCGAUCUGAACUUGAAUUUCCCGACUAAAAGUCUGAGCGUGGUAUCUGGUCGUACAGGCUCUGGAAAGAGUCUGCUUCUCUCAUCCAUUCUGGGUGAAUGUGAUGUACUCAGUGGUACAGUCAAAGUACCUGUUCCACUUCCCAUUAAGGAGCGCUACGACCACCUCGCAACAAAGGCCAACUGGAUCAUCGACUCGGCUAUUGCAUAUGUUGCGCAGAUCCCAUGGAUUGAAAAUGCAACAAUUAAAGAUAAUGUCUUGUUCGGACUCCCUGACGACGCAGAGCGCUACAAGAAGGUCAUUUUCGCUUGUGCUUUGGAGAAAGACUUUGAAAUGCUGCCCGAUGGUGAUUUGACUGAUAUCGGCGCCAACGGUGUGAACCUGAGUGGAGGUCAGCGUUGGCGUAUAUCGUUUGCUCGGGCGUUGUACUCUCGAGCGGGAAUCCUCGUGAUGGAUGACAUUUUCAGUGCGUUGGAUGCACACACUGGUCGUUUCGUUUAUGAGAAUGCACUUACUGGUGAACUGGGACAGGGUCGGACCCGUGUUCUUGUUACUCAUCAUGUCGCGCUUUGCCUCCCUCGUACGGACUACUCUGUUUUGCUGGAGAAUGGACGCAUCAAGUACGCUGGCACCAUCGAUGAUUUGAAAGAAUCCCAUCAACUUGAGGAUAUUCUUCGCGAAGAGCAUGCUGCCGAAGAGGCAGAUCAAGCUGUCGUCGAUGAGGAAAGUCGUGAAUUCUUGAAUGACGAAGAGACGACACUGCAGAAGAUUAUCUCCAACACGUCUCGUAGACGGCCGAGUACGGCUGCUAAUGGCCACACUAACGGCCAUGCUUCUAACGGGAACGGUAACGCACAAGCGCAAGCUACUGCACCGAAGAAGUUUGUUGAGGAUGAGAAGCGCGAGACUGGAUCUGUGCGACUUGCGAUCUAUGGUUCUUUCUUGGGUAUGGGUGGCUCGGUGCCGUUCUGGAUCAUGACUGUCUGUAUCUUUUUGCUAUUUGCAGGUCUCAUGGUUGGACGAGCUUGGUGGAUCAACAUCUGGACGGGAUCAUCGUCCAAUACUCAAGUACAUCCUGAGCAGUAUCAUGUUCUACUACAGCACAGCAUGCAGCCGACUUUACCCCCACAGGACGACAACCUCGCCAUGUAUCUCGGAGUUUACGUAGCACUCUCCGUUAUAGCCUGCAUUGCAGGAUCAAUUCGAUACUACUUCGUCCUCCGCGGAGCAGUACGAGCCUCAAGAAAUCUUUUCAACGGGCUAAUCUACGCCAUUCUCCGCGCACCUCUCCGAUGGCUAGACACAGUCCCUCUAGGGCGAAUCCUGAACCGUUUUACAGCAGACUUCCAUUCCCUCGACUCCCGAAUCGGCUACGACCUCGGUUUCUUCGCUGCCAAGAUCCUCGAGGUCCUGGGGAUCAUGAUAGCCGGAAUGCUCGUGUCCCCAGUGGUGAUCGUAUUCGCCAUUGUCCUCCUGUUGAUAUGCCUCAAGCUAUCCCUGACCUACCUAGCUGGUGCGCGCCAGAUCAAAAGACUGGAAAGUACAGCCAAGAGCCCUGUUUUCGAGCAAUUCGGCUCCAGUCUCGCGGGCCUCAUCACAAUCCGCGCUUUCAGCAAACCAGACACAUACAUCGAGAUCAUGUACAGCAAGAUCAACCGCCACGCUCAGGCCUGGUGGAACCUCUGGCUCUUCAACCGCUGGUUAGGCUUCCGCAUGAACGUCGUCGGCGCAAUCUUCUCAACCCUCACUGCUGCCCUCAUCGUCUAUGUCCCCGGUAUCACCGCAUCGCUUGCCGGCUUUGCCUUGAGUUUCGCACUGCAAUAUAACUCCGCAAUUGCCAUGGCUCUCCGCCAAUACGCUAACCUGGAGUUGAAUAUGAACGCCACAGAGCGUGUAAUUGAAUACUCCAACAUCGAACUCGAGAACCAGGGAGGCUUGGACGCCCCAGCCGCCUGGCCAACAGAAGGCCGACUCGAAGUCAACGAUCUAGUCGUGGGCUACGCACCAGAUCUCCCGCCAGUCCUCAACGGCUUAAGCUUCGCAGUUGAAAAGAACCAGCGCGUAGGCGUUGUCGGACGUACAGGCGCGGGCAAAUCAUCACUAACGCUCGCACUAUUCCGCUUCUUAGAAGCGCGAUCUGGCCAAAUUAUCAUCGAUGGACUCGAUGUAUCGAAGAUCAAGCUGCACGACCUCCGCAGUCGUCUCGCUAUCAUCCCACAAGACCCGGUUCUCUUCUCAGGAACUGUCCGCUCGAACCUCGAUCCAUUCGGUGAAUACAGCGACACGGAAUUAUACGACUCGCUAGCGCGCGUGCAUCUUAUUUCCGAAGCAGACGACGACGAAUUAACACUCACCUCUCGGACAGCGACGCCGCGCCAGCCCAGCGAGGCUGGCACCGAGCCUGUUCCCAAACAGAAGACAAAUGCGAACGCAUUUACAUCUCUUUCCGCAACCAUCUCUGAGGGAGGACUCAACCUCUCCCAGGGUCAGCGCCAACUUCUCUGUCUAGCGCGUGCUAUCGUUUCCAAACCGAAGAUUAUGGUUCUGGAUGAGGCGACGUCGGCUGUGGAUAUGGAGACUGAUGCUUUGAUUCAGACGUCCAUUCGGGCUGAGUUUGGGCGGAAUGCUACCACUUUGUUGGUUAUUGCGCAUCGCCUGAGUACUAUUGCUGACUUUGAUCGCAUUCUUGUUAUGGAUGCUGGGCGCGCGGCGGAGUUUGGGACGCCCAGGGAUCUAAUGGGCAUUGAGGGGGGUGUUUUUAGGAAUCUGGUUGAGAAUAGUGGAGAGAAGGAGGUUCUCGAGAAGAUGAUUUUUGAGUAA